AUGAGCCGCCGCCCAACGGACCAACCAGCUGUACUAACUGCUGCCAGUGCGCAACCAACUGUGGUCACGUGUAGCACCGGUCUAUCUCCCCAAAUCCAAUCCAUUCCACAGGCGUCUCCGUUCCGUUCAAACCUGUCCGUCCUCGACCACGACGUCGUCACCGCCUCCCACCAACCGAUCCUGAUAAUCGUCACUGAAAUCAUCCAAGAGAUGAGUAGUCGUGGCGGGAAACUUGCCCCCGAUGUCAACCGAGCUCUGUUCGUCAAGAACUUGAGCUACAACGUCACUCCAGAGGAGUUGUUUGACCUCUUUGGAAAAUUCGGCCCAAUUCGUCAAGUUCGCCAGGGCAUCUCUACUUCGACCAAGGGAACGGCCUUUGUGGUGUACGAGGACGUGAUGGAUGCUAAGCAGGCAUGCGACAAGCUCAACGGCUUCAACUUCCAGAACCGCUACCUUGUUGUUCUGUAUCAUCAACCUGACAAGAUGGCCAAGUCAAAAGAGGACCUUGAGGCUCGUCGCGAGUCUUUAGCUCAACUCAAGAAGCAGCACGGCAUCGAUUGA